UCUCUAGUCGACGUGUCCUUUUUAAAUCAUCAUCAGUUCCUCCCUCUUCUCAUGGUAUAUUUGGUGCACAACAGAAUGAUAAAUAUAGUGGAUUUGGAAAACAUAGAUCUACGGAAACCAUUUCAACUGAUGAACCACCAGUAUCAUCUUUAUGGGAUAUUGGCGUGAAUCCAAAACCAGCUAUUAUGCCAGUUAAUUUUGAUUUGAAGAAGGAUAUGAAUAUUAUAAGUAGUAUGAAGGAUCAAAAUAUCAAGGUUGGUGCAUCAACAACAGUUAGUAUUUUUGGCUUCCCACCCGAUAUGACAGCAGAUGUACUAGAACAUUUUACAAAAUGUGGUGAAAUUGCUGAACGUCAUCAAUCACCUGGCAACUGGAUGACGAUUCGAUAUGCGACACAGGAAGGAGCUAGAAAAGCACUGGAAUGCAAUGGUACUAUCCUUGGUAACAAAUAUAUGGUUGGUGUGACAUUACUGAUACCAGCAACUGAAAAUAAUCAAAAGAAUGGGAACGCAUCGAUAGAAUCCUCCUCUGGUCAACCUGGUAUUGUUAAUUUGACACAACCUAUUCAAAGUGUAUUCAAAACUGAUCACCAUAAACCAUCAGGAUUUUUAUCAUCUUUUACAUCGACACCAUCAACAUUACCAUCAACAUUACCACCAUCAUCGUCAUUAUCAGCAUCAUUAUCACCAUCAUAUGGACAAUCCAAUGUCAUGGGGCAACAAGUAACCAAGGUAGCCGACAAUAGCGUCAUGAACAAGCUUAAAGAAAUCAUCUUUGGUUGGUAGAUUGUGAUAUUAGUAUAUUUUUAUUUUUAUUUUUAUUUUUUAUUUUCUAGUUUAUGAUUAUUGUCUUCAUUCGUUCUCUUUUUUUUUUUUUUAUUGAUUUA